CGGCCCUCCCCGCUCCGCCCCCUCCCCGCCGGCGCCUGCCGCUCCCGGCGCUCGCAGCGCGGGCCUGGGGACUGGGGAGCCCGUCGCCCGGUCGCAGCAUGGGGCGCUUCCGCGGGGGCCUGCGGUGCAUCAAGUACCUGCUGCUCGGCUUCAACCUGCUCUUCUGGCUGGCUGGAUCAGCCGUCAUUGCUUUUGGACUAUGGUUUCGGUUCGGAGGUGCCAUAAAGGAGUUAUCGUCAGAGGACAAGUCCCCAGAGUAUUUCUAUGUGGGGCUCUAUGUUCUGGUUGGAGCCGGGGCCCUGAUGAUGGCCGUGGGGUUCUUCGGGUGCUGCGGAGCCAUGCGGGAGUCACAGUGUGUGCUUGGAUCAUUUUUUACCUGCCUUCUGGUGAUAUUUGCUGCUGAAGUAACCACUGGAGUAUUUGCUUUUAUAGGCAAAGGGGUAGCUAUCCGACAUGUUCAGACCAUGUAUGAAGAGGCUUAUAAUGAUUACCUUAAAGACAGGGGAAAAGGCAAUGGGACGCUCAUCACCUUCCACUCAACAUUUCAGUGCUGUGGAAAAGAAAGCUCUGAACAGGUCGAACCCACAUGCCCAAAGGAGCUUCUAGGACACAAGAAUUGCAUCGAUGAAAUUGAGACCAUAAUCAGUGUUAAGCUCCAGCUCAUUGGAAUUGUCGGUAUUGGAAUUGCAGGUCUCACGAUCUGUGGCAUGAUAUUCAGCAUGGUCCUCUGCUGUGCGAUACGAAACUCACGAGAUGUGAUAUGACGCUACUUCUCCAUGAAAAUUGUAAUCUAAAGCUUUCAUACCAAAUGUCACAGGAGCUGUCUCCCAGCUCAUUUUUAAUACUGAAAUGACAUUAGGGUCUAAAAUAAUUUGCUCUCAAUUGUACAUUUGCAUGAGUAUGUAUGUCUGAGUCAUUACUGGUUUACCCCUUGAGUGAAUGCCUAUGUAUGUUGACUGAGAGCAUAUUCAUGUGUGAUCAGCGUGUUUCUAGCAUAUGUUAUUUCAUCAUGAAAUCUGUUUGCUGGAAAUUCCUGAUUCUUGUUAUAUAAGAGAAACAACCCUUUUCACUCCCAGAAAAAUAUCAAAAAGCUUUCAGAAACUGUGAGAACUUGGCUGUUUAGAAAAAGCGACAAUGGGUCAGUUUCUCAGACUGUAGCCUUUGAAAAUUACAUGCAGAGAAUUCAGAGAUUUCUUCUUAAUGGAAGCAAUAAGCUAUAAGAAUUGAGAGAUUACAUCGGAGUGUUAAAACUGACUGUGUCUAAGUUGAGUGUAAGGGUUUCCUGAGUUUUUUUAUAUACAUGCUCUCCCCAAAAUACAGUAAACCACAGUUUUAGAGCUAAACACAUCUGUAAAAGUAAAUAUAGCAUGGAAAAUCUAAUUUGAAUAAGUCAUGCUUUCCUAGAAUUUAAAAAUAAAAAAGCCUUCCUCUGGAAAGAGAAGUCACACAGACAAUCAUGUGCCCUAUAAAAGUGAGUGUUUAUAGGACUAGAAAACUUUUAACAACUUUUUAAGGAAAUAUUUUUGGUCUUAUGCAAAAGCAUGUAAAUACUGCUUUAUUACUUUGCUUUUCUGAUCCUGCUCUAAACUACGGCAGCCCUCCCGUCCUCAAAGUGGCUUUUAUCUUAAACUCUUCUCUUUCUCUAAAUAUAAGAACAGAAAGACUAGAGCAAAAGGUCUGGCAGUUGAAAACUGUGGGAAAGAGAAUUUUUACUGGCACUUAUCUUUGAAAUACCUCAUAACUUACGUUUACAUGUUUUCCUAAUUUUUUGUAAUUUUCUUAUAUAUUCAAUUAGAGAAUUCUUUUCAUAGAUUAAGAACUACAGUUUUCACCACCUAAAGUAAGUAAAAUGAAGUUCUUCAUAAUUUAACUGUUAACAUCCUUUGCCAAACCAAAAUAAAACAAAGAAAAGCCUCUUUUCCUAGUUGUGUGCAGGCAACAGAAACCAGUUAAGGAAACAGAAAUACUUAUAUACACAUAGAACAAAAUUUUUGUGUGUGUGCAAAUCCUCUGAAAAUAAAACUUUCAAGGUGUUUUUAGUCUUAAUGCUUCAUUUUAAGUUAGUAAACCCAAAUUUAGGAUUGACAUUGGCAUAUUUUUCAGUAAUUUUCAAUGUGUUACAGUUCGUAAACAGUAGGUUUUUCAAAAAUUACAUUUUAUACGGCCACAGGCAAGUGAAAAUGUGGGAGGCUUUGGAAACCCCCAAGUGAACUUCUAUACAUGUGAAAACACAAGUCUUUCAGUGUGCACUAAAAGCAUCACGCUCCUAAAAAACUCCAAAACAUUUUGCUACAAAGAUAUAACUGCUUGAAAUAGUCUCUCCUCCAUGAAGAACCACAUUUCUCUUUCUGCCAUACUUGCUACUGCUACUGAUUUUGGAGGAAACUUUUCUAGAAGAAGUAGAGGUCGGAUUUGAGGCAAGCUAAAAACUUAAUUAUACAUGGCUAGUUUACCGUGUCUGUAGCUAGAGAAAAAUUAUUUUACAAAAGUCACUUCAUGAAAUAUAUAUGUUUGUACCCCAGCAGUUGAGAAAUGUGACCUUUUCGGCAAAGAACAGACAGACAGUCCAUCUCUGUUAGCUUUAGUUUCUCUCUGCCUGAAGACGGGAAACGGGCCCAAGUACGUACUCAGGUUCCUUCCAAACUCAGAAUCGUCUCUGAUUUCACAAAGUGAGUUUAAUUUCCUAUCUGAUUUAGCAACUUUAAAGAAGACUAAAAUAGUUAAAAGUGGAAGAAUAGAAAUAAGUACUUUUUUAAAAAAUUUAAAGUGGAAGAGAAGGGUUCUGUUCCAUGUACGAUUAGUGUGCCCCUUUUGGGGGUAAACUUUCCAAAAUAUGUGUAUGUGUAAAAUUAGACAAUUCCACCACUGAGCGACAGUAGAUUUUAUGUGUAUGUAAAUAUAUAUAUAUAUUUACACAGAUAAAUAUAUAUCUGUGUAAAUAGACACACAUAGUAUAUCUAUAUAUAGAUAUGUAAUCCCUAUAUAUCUUGAAUCUACAAAUAUCUUUAUACAUAUAUAAUUUGAAUAUAUACAUGUAUGUAUAUAUAGAUAUGUGUGUGUAUAUAUAUAUGUAUUAUAUAUAUACACACACACAUACACAUAUACAUGCAUUUUCAGUUAUUUCUCUUUCCCUAAACUGAUUUGAGAUCAGACCCAAACAUGCUUUUAAAUGUCUCAUGCUGAGGCACUGAAUUAAAAUGUCUUAAUAUUGAAAUAUUUUAAGUGAUUUCAAGUUAAAUUUUCUCUAUACUGAAAUUGCUUGUUUGAUUUAUUUUAAAGUCCUGUAUCUUUCUACGAACCUUCACCCAACUUAUCUAAAUGUCUAACUACCAAUCAAAUAAUGUGGUAAAAAUAAGUAAAUAAAACAGAGUGGUAACCCUUCUAUAAUUUGCUAUUGGUAGUUGAACUUAAAAGCAACACCCAAGGACUCUUAUUGGAAUGAUAUUCAGCAUGGUCCCUGCUGUGUGAUAUGAAACUCACGAAACUCACUGAGAGAUACAAUCAUCUCUCAGUAUUCAUAGGAGAAUGGUCCCAGGACCCCCUAUGGACACCAAAAUUCACCGAUUUCCAAGUCCCUCACAUAAAAUUGUGUAGUAUUUGCAUAUAACCUAUGCAUAUCCUCUCAUAUACUUUAUUUUUUUAAUUGGUGCAUAAUAGUUGUACAUAUUUAUGGGGUACAUGUGAUAUUUUGAUAUUAGCAUACAAUGUGUAAUAAUCACAUCGGGGUAAUUGGGAUGUCUGUUACCUGAAACAUUUACCAUUUCUUUGUGUUGGGAACAUUCCAGGUCUUCUAGGUCUUUUGAAAUAUAUAACAAAUUAUUAUUGUUAACUACAGUCACCCUGUCGCACAGCCGAAUAUUAGAACUUGUUCAUUUUAUCUAACUGUAUUUUUGUACCCAUUAAUCAACACCUCUUCAUUCCUUCCGGCCUCUGGUAACCACCAUUGUAUUUACCACCUCAUGAGAUCAAUUUUUAUAGCUUCCACAUGUGACUGAGAGCAUGAUUUAUCUUGAUGAUAUUUGUCUUUCUGUGCCUGGCUUAUCUCACUUAAUAUCCUCCAAUUCUAUCCAUGUUGCUGCAAUUGACAGGAUUUUAUUCAUUAUUCAGCCAUUGUCAUUAGUGUCAUGGCUGAAUAAUAUUUCCUCGUGUAUAUAUAGCACAUUUUCUUUAUCAGUUCAUCUGUUGAUGGAUGCUUAGGUUAAUUUCAUAUCUUGGCUAUUGUGAAUAGUGCUAAAAUAAAUAUGAACAUGCAGACAUCUCUUUGA